GCUCGACGGCCAGCCUUUGCUCGCGAGCUCCAACACCUUCAAAGAUGGCGGCCGCUUAAACACGGGCUUGAAGUAGCAGAGCGCCCGGAGCUCCACCAGCGUGGCUCCGUCGAGAUGGACCUCCUUGACGCAGUCGACCGCGAGGCUGGCGAGCCUGGGGCACGCGAGCUUGAGGCAGCGCAGCGGCGUCUCGUCCACGUAGAAGCAGUUCUCCUUCUUGGGCUUCCACACGAGCUUGAAGUGGAGAAGGGUGGCGGCGGCGAGGCUGGGAGCUUCCAGGCCGAAGAGAUGGAGGGCCUCGAGAUCUUCCAGCACCGGGCACAGGCUCACGAACUUCUCCAGCUUGGAAUCGUUCAUGAGCAUGUCCUGGAAGACGCACCUUCGCAAGCUCGGGAAGAUGAUGGCGCCACCAUUCUCAUCCUCGAUCUCAAACUUGGAGCACUGGCAGCCGCAAACUCCACCCAUCUCGUCCACGAACUCGAGGCUGCGGAGCUUGUGGCAGCUCGCGAGCCCGCGGACGAGCGCGCCGCUAAAGUCGAAUCGGCCCCGGAAGUGGAACACCUCGAGGGAGUGGCGGAGAUUGGUGGCCCAGGAGUACAGGAACUGCUCGCCGCUGGAGCUGCGGCACACGAGGCGAUCGAUGAGGAGCUCCCGGAGGCCCGAGCAGCGCUCCAGCAUCCGCGAGUAAAUCUGGAGCAUCUCGCCCGUGGAUCGCCGCCGCCCCCCGGCGCCAUCGCCGCGGUGGUGAUCGCUGCCGCUACAGCUGCUGCUGCCGCUGAUCUCGCUGCUCGAUUCGCUAUUCAGGCUCGAGCCGCAAGUACCUCGGUGGUCGAAAUCGCCGAAGAAGUCGAGGCGGAGGACGUGAACGCCCGUGGAGGAGUAGCGCCACCGGCGGCACACGGUCGCCGCCUGGGCAAUGCGCCGCGCCUCGACGAGCUUGGAGAGAAUGGAGGAGACGAUGCUGUCCGGGAUCACGUCGAUGCUGCCGCUGCUGCCGCUGGAGCUGCCGCCGAAUUCCUCCUCGCCCUCCGCCAUAGCUGCGAGCUUCCCCAGCACUAGGGUUUCUCCUUAUAGCCGAAUGACCUGGCGCCAAGAGCGCUUGACGUGGAGUAAACGUGAACGCCACGUAGGAAGAUUAACGGCCAAUUAGCGCGUGACGUGUGCGAAACGGAGCGACGCGUGGACAUAAAGGCAAAAUGGGGGCGCGCUUUGCGAUCCGUGGCGUGA